AUGCUGCCACUCACUGGCGACAUGUUUGUUCUGUUUUAUGUGGCUAAUUUGUCUGGUGUAAAGGUGGGCAGACUAAACCUCUUGACUCCGCAGCGGGUCAAGGCAUCUGUUGCCGAGAUUGAUACUGGCCAGAUGGUGCGACUGGACCUUCCUCUCACAGUACCCGAGCAGCCGGCUUUUAGCCGCGAGGUGUUCCAGCAUAACAUCAAAACGCUCGUUGAUGGCGUUGCUUAUGAUGAUACUUACACUAUGAACACGCAAAGCGGGACGCAGUGGGAUGGAUUCCGGCAUUUCGGCCACAUUGACAGCAAGUGCUUCUACAACGGGGCCAAAGGCAGCGACUUUGUAGGCGAAACCGCAAACCAACGCUGCAGCAUCCACCAUUGGGCAACGCACGGAAUCGCCGGUCGAGGAAUCCUCCUAGACUACCACCAUUACGCCAAAACACACAACAAGCCCUACGACCCCUACACAACACACAGCAUUACCCUAUCAGAGCUACAAGCAUGUGCGGCCUCGCAAGGCCUGGAUCUACGCCCACAGUCCGAAGGCGGCGACAUCCGCAUCGGAGAUAUUCUACUCGUACGCUCCGGCUUUGUGGAGCGAUACCACGAGCUCAGUUCUGAGCAGCGGUAUGCAGCUGCGACACGGUCCCACGGAGACUUGUGCUUUGCGGGACUCUCGCGCGAGCCGGCUAUCCGGGACUGGCUGCAUGAUUGCUAUUUUGCGGCUGUGGCGGGUGACUCGCCGACGUUUGAGUCGUGGCCUGUUCCUGAACAGGACUAUUUGCAUCAGAGCUUGCUGGCGCUGUGGGGGUGUCCUAUUGGCGAGAUGUGGGAUUUGGAGAUCCUCGCUGAGAAGUGUCGGGCGAGGGGGAAGUGGUCCUUCUUUAUGACUAGUGCUCCGGCCAAUAUGCCUGGUAUGUAUCUCUCUUGUAGGCUUCGCUGGUUUAUGUACUGGGUUUAUGGGCUAUGCUGA